AUGAAAGAGAAAGUAGUAGAAAUAUUAGAAGAGAUACAAGCCAAACCACAAGGAGAGAAAGAAAUAAGAGAAAAGACGGGGAUAGAAGCGGAGAUAGUUAAAAUCAGUUUAGAAGAAAUGGUAGAAGAGAAGAUAAUAAAGAAAGGGAAGAAAGAAGGGAUGUAUUACUACUAUACAGGAAAUGAAGAAGAAAUAAGGAAAGAAAUAAUAGAGAUAAUGAAAGGGAUAGAAGAGAUGAAAAAAGAAAUUGAAAGAUAUGAGAAAGCAAGUGAGGAGUCAAUGGAGAAAGUGCAUAAAUACAAUGAGAUCAAGGAUAUAGGACAAGAGCUUAUGGGAAGGAAGGGACAAAUGGAAGGGAAAACAAUAGAAGAGAUUUACAAAGAAUAUCAAAUGGGAUAUGAAGAUUAA